UUUCGCCCACUUUCACAACAGAGGUACUGAGCGCCUUGGCAGGAAAGGGGGGAAUAUUGCCUGACAACGAUUAUUUUUCUCUCAUAGUGGCUGUGGAAACUCAUAUCUGUAGUUGGAUACUCAGUCGGUAGGUCAGUUCGCCCUUCAGCCUUCGCCUACAACUUUGCCUCCUGCUGCAGCUGAAGAAUAAGCGGGUUCAUGACCACCAGGAAGCUGUUAAUUUCUUCAUACCUGGAUUAACUCGCGGGCUUCUUUCCCCCCUCCCCCAUUUUUUUUUCUUUUACACUUUUUUUUUUUAUAAAUUUGCAAGAAAGAGACUUUUUCCUCAGCCAAAAUGUUGUGGAAAUUAGCCGACAACGUAAAAUACGAGGACGACUGUGAGGAAAGGCACGAUAGUAACAGCAAUGGGAACCCACGGCUGCCUCACCUGCCGGCGGUCAGUCAACACCUCUACAGCCCGUCUACUUCCCUCUCACACUCGGCCAGUUCAGACUUCCAGCCCCCUUACUUUCCUCCUCCCUACCAGCCUAUCUCGUACCCGCAGUCUAGUGACCCCUACUCUCACCUCGGGGACCCUUUCAACAUCAACUCCAUACACCAGUCGCCAUCGUCGAACCAACAGCAGCCGUGGCCUGGGCGGCAAGGCCAGGAGGGGCUCGGCGCACACGGGAGGAGCGGACUCGCGAGUCAGAUCCUAGGCUUGGAGGGAGGCUCGUCAGGGGUUAGGAGGGAAGGGUUCCGCCGACCGGAGCUGCUGUCUCCACACGCUCACAGUCUAGAGUCGUCGGUUAUUGGCGAUAAUAUGGGGAUGCAUGACAUGGGACACGGGCUGGAUGAUGUUCAACAAGUAGACGACCACAGUAUAAUUAUGGCAGAUCAGACGGUCAUCAAAAAAGUAUUAGGACUUCGAGGUGGCAGGAACCUUGAUCGCUUACAGAGGACUUAUUAUCAGGGGGGAAUUUUCGCGGGGCCUGUCACUCUGCCUAAAGGAAACGCACUGGGUCUUCCCUUCCAGAAAGAGUCCCUGCUGGGCAUGGUGUCAAAUCCCACAGAGGUGUUUUGCUCCGUACCAGGCCGUCUUUCCUUGCUGAGCUCUACAUCCAAGUACAAGGUUACUGUGGCUGAAGUCCAGAGACGUUUGUCACCCCCAGAAUGCCUCAACGCAUCGCUCCUGGGAGGCGUUCUACGCAGAGCCAAGUCAAAAAAUGGAGGCCGUUCUCUGAGAGAAAAGCUGGACAAAAUUGGGCUUAACCUGCCUGCAGGAAGAAGGAAGGCAGCUAAUGUCACUCUACUUACCUCGCUAGUAGAAGGUGAAGCUGUUCAUUUAGCAAGAGACUUUGGUUAUGUGUGUGAGACCGAAUUCCCUGCAAAGGCAAUUGCUGAAUACCUGGGUAGGCCACAUGUGGAGCGGAAUGAGGCUAACUCGCGCAAGAACAUGCUCCUUGCUGCCAAGCAAAUCUGCAAAGAGUUUACUGAUCUGCUCACUCAGGACCGCUCACCUUUGGGCAACGCUAGGCCUGCUCCCAUUCUGGAACCUGGAAUCCAAGGCUGCCUGACUCACUUCAGUCUCAUCACUCAUGGCUUUGGCUCUCCAGCCAUCUGUGCUGCCAUGACCUCGCUUCAGAACUACCUGAAUGAAGCGCUCAAACAAGUGGACAAGAUGUACCUGAGCUCUGGUAGCGACACCCAGGGAUCCUCAGACAGUGGAAGUAAAUCUACUGACAAAAUGGACAAGCACAGGAAAUGAGAGCUUAAAGGAGAAUCCCUAUGAACCUGAGAUUCCCAGAGUCACUUAAUCUUGCUGCCCCGACUUCCCUUUUGGACCUUUUUAAAAAUCAAUAUUUGGUAUUGUCUUUUUGAGAGCUGCAUUUGUGUGUGAAUGUGUGUGCUCACACUGUAAAUUUAUAGUUUGACAGGUUGGGGAUUUUUAACAGCCUGUCACAGCAGGCUACAAAUCAGUUACUGUUGGCAUGCGUGUUGAAUGCUCUGGAUUUGUCCUAAUGGGAGCCCGCUCUGUGAAAGAGUAAAGCCCUUUUCAGACAUGGCAUGUGUGGCUUCUUCUGUCUGCUAAAGCAACAGGAUUGUCAUUUAGUGAUAGUUCACUUCUAUAUUAAUGUUUGUCUUGCCUUCAUUCACACAAACCAGUAAGAGGAGAGCAGCAUGGCAUAUGUUAUUUUUCACACGUGCAAAAGAUUUGUUUUUGGCAACAAGUCCUGCCAUUAUGAACUGGUAAGGUUUGUGCAUUCAGUUCUCUCUAAAUUUGCCACGGACAGCAGGGUCUGUGUGAUGCAUGCAAGUCGGGGAGAAAAGGAAAAAAGUAUACAUUUAUGUUCAUAUUGCUGUUUAGCACAGUUGCUAUUUGUCAUAAGCUAGUGAAACUACAGCCAUGACUUUUCCAGAGAGGUUACCAGGGUGUACAUUCAUACACCAAAGUAAUGCGAUAAAAUACUGUUAAAUUCCUAGCAAGGAGUACAUGCCUAAAAAGGGGAUUAAUACAUGCCGCAUCAUGCUAGCCACUAUGCAGUUACAUACAGUUGCUAGUGGCCUACUGCUAUAACCACAGGGCCUGCAUUUUGUUGAAGAAGAUGAGGGGGAAACAAAAUGCAUUCUGCGACUAUUUUUUCCACCUCCCUUGUCUUUCUCUCUCUUUUUUUUUUUUUUUUUUUUUUUUUUCCUUCCUCCCUCAUCUUCCCUAGAGGACAUCAUUUCAAGAUGACUUUCUGUGGCUGUGAAUUCCUCUCAGUUUUCUCCUUCCUGCUCAGUCUGGGGGCAAAUCCACUUAUUUCCUGUGUCUCAAUUGACUUGCAAAGGACAGUUAUGUGUGAUGGAAAAUCUUAGUUUUCUUUAUUUUUGUGCUUUAGUUGUACCAUUAAUUCAGAAUGGAUCCAGUGUUAUUGUGUUUUUGUUCAUGGGAGUUGAUUUGAAGCUAGAUGAGAAAAGACAGUUGGUUUUCUCAUCUCAGCCUGUGCUCUUUCAGAAACCAAAAACUUUAAAGUGCCCCCAUUAUGCCAAUUUAGAGGCUCAUUAUUUUAUUUUUGUGGUUGUAUACUGCUACAGCACAUCUCUUCACCCUCUGAAACACUCAGUAUUAGUGGCUGCAUUAGGUUUUAGUUGACUGCUUUUUUUUUUUUUUUUUUGAGGGCAUGCCAAACUAGCUGCUAGGUGUGCAUUAUGGCACCAUGUUACAUAGUGAUGUAAAUGACAAAAAGAAAAGUCUGGACUUCAAAUUAUGCAUUUCAAGCAGUUUAGCAGCACUGGUUUUUGCAGGAGAGAAUAACUCACUUUGAUGUGGACUUUGCAAACCCUUUUUCUCAUGUGCAAAAAUGAUUUAACAGACUACAUGAUAGAUAAAAUCCCAGAAUGCAUAGCAGGGGCACUUUGAAUUUGCUAUGACAGAAGCCUCCUCAGUGUUUGUGGAUUACAGGCGUUGCCAUGGAUCCAUUGUUACUCAGUCUUACAACACAUACAGUACAUAGUCGUGAGAAUUUUUGUUUGUUUGCUUUUACUUAUUAAUUUUUUGUGAACAAGUUAUUAAAACAACAUCCAAAUUGACACUAACCUACCAACAAGCCCACUUCUGCCAGGUUGUGUGUUGGUUGUGAGAAUGCGUGCGUAAAUGUAAAUAUUUCUUUUAAAAAAUGUUUUUAGAAAUUAAAUUCCAAGCAUAGAAUUUUA